UCCCCAUGUGAGCCUCGGUGAGAUGCGCAUUCACACCGAGCUGCCAGUUUCCUCCGGAGCACCGAGCGGCUCCAGGGCUGCACCACAUGCGCAGUGCUGCCGUGGAUCACGCACCACCAGGGCCAGUUGCGUUCACACCGAGUCCCCGUCCGCAGCACCAGAGAGGUCCGACCCGGUGCACCGCACACAACACCGCAAUCUGUCCAGGCAUUUUCAGGCACCUAAGCAGCCAUGGUGAAGCUAGGCAGCAAUCUGUCGGACAAACUGGAGAAGCAGCCAUCUGCGGACGACGGCUUUGAUAACAUCCCUCUCAUCACACCCCUGGAGGUCAACCAGCUCCAGAAGCCGUUCGCAGAAAAGGUCAUUGUGAAGACGUCGACGCAAUAUCAGCUGCAGCAGAAGAAGAACAAGCUGUACGUGCCCAAUAUCAAGAAGCUGAAUAUCAACUUCUACAGUGAUGUUUCAGACAAAGCCAAGAUCACAGGUCUGAUCCUCAUCACUUUGGCCUUCCUGACCAGCUUGCUCCUUCUGCUCAUGUACAAAGCCAUGUGGUACGACCAACUCACCUGCCCCGAGGGUUUCAUCCUUAAGCAGAAGCAUUGCACCCCAGCAGCUCUGGAGAUGUACUACACAGAGCAGCAGCAACAGGAGGAGCCGGGCGUCCGUGGUGGGCCCAACACCGGGCUGUACGCCGCCCUCAGCCACCUCAACCAGGUCAAGAGGACUGGGCCUGAGCUGCCAUCGCCAUGGUUACCAGUCAUCAGUGCUCUGAAGGAGGCCGAGGUGGCCAAACAAGGCAGUGAGCAGCUGAAAGGAGUGCUGGAGGGAGAGGAGUGACGGGUCUGACAGAAAUGCAGGUGUGAAAGGGAGGAAGUGAUGAUGGGGAGGCCGAGUACGUUAAUUAUUGAUUGUAAAUGUUCAGGAAUUUAUUUUCCUUUCCCCUCGUACAGUCCAUCGAAUCACUCGUUUAUACUGGUGCUCCAAAACCAUAAAGGUGUCUGUAUAACUACUGAAAAUGUAAAUCAGCUACGUAAACCUCAUGUUUACUCAGCUUCAAUCUUCACUUAUAUUCCGUUAAUUUUUAUAUUACAGUCUAAUACCCAACUGUGUGUGUGCGUGUGUGUGUGUGUGUGUGUGUGUGU